AUGGGCAACAUCCCAAAGGAACAAUCUGCAGCGGUAAAGCAAGGUGAAGGUCACGAUGCUACUGCUCCGGUGCAGAAAAUCGCUGUACCUGAACCCGGACCAGGGCAGAUCAUGGUCAAGAUCAACUGGACCGGAUUGUGUGCGUCAGACAAGUCUUUGAUACAUGAUGAAUGGGCCGCCUUCGGGCUCGCCAUGACCGAGGCUGCAAAAGGCAUUGCGGGACACGAGGGCGCAGGUGAAGUCGUUGCCAUCCAUCCUGACGUGGCCGAUCGCUGGAAAAUCGGCGAUCGCGCCGGUGUGAAAUGGGUGGUGAGUGUGUGCAGAGCGUGCGAGUUCUGCCAGAAUGGCACGGAUGAGUUGCAUUGCCCGAAGCAGCUCAACUCGGGCUUCACCAUGCCCGGGACGUUCCAAGAGUACGUCUUGACGGACGGUCGGUAUGCCACUCACCUCCCGGAUGGUGUCAAAGACGAGGAAGCCGGCCCUAUCAUGUGCGGCGGUGUGACGGCGUACACGGCUUGCAAGCGAUCAGCCGUACGCCCAGGCCAGUGGUGCGUUAUGAUUGGUGGUGGCGGAGGUCUUGGUCACUUUGGCGUCCAGUACGGCAAGGCGAUGGGCAUGCGUGUCAUUGCCGUAGACGGUGGCGAGGAGAAGGGCCGCCUUUGCAAGGACCUUGGAGCGGAGGAGUACAUCGACUUCACAACCACCAAGGAUGUUGCUGCUGAAGUCAUGCGAAUCACGACAUUCGGCGCUCAUGGUGCGAUCGUUUUCGCUGCGAGCAAGGGAGGUUAUGAUAUGGCGCCGAACUUGAUGCGUCCUGGCGGCACAGUUGUUAGCGUUGGCUUACCCAAGGAUCCAUCCGUGCUUGCGGGUGCUCCACCAUUGAUGCUGGCCCUCAAGCGGCUAAAUAUUGUGGGCAGUGUGACGGGAACGCUGAAAGACGUGGAGGAGGCGCUGGACUUCACGGCGCGCGGUCUUGUCCAUCCGAUUCUGACUAAAGGCACGCUUAGCGAUGUUGACAAGUUCUGCAAGCUGAUGGGUGAAGGCAAGCUGCCCGGCAGAGCGGUUCUGAAAGUGGCUGCAUGA